AUGGGUGAAAGAUACAAUAUACACAGUCAGUUAGAGCAUCUUCAAAGUAAGUACAUCGGUACUGGACAUGCAGACACAACUAAAUACGAAUGGCUUACUAACCAGCACAGAGAUUCCUGUUGCAGUUACAUGGGUCAUCCAGAUUUACUGAGCUACUUUGCUAUCGUUGAAAACGAAUCCAAGGCUCGUGUUAAAUUCAACCUAAUGGAGAGAAUGCUGCAGCCCUGUGGACCACCCCCAGAGAAACCAGAAGAUUAA